GUUGCACGCCUUUUGCUGGAGGCCAAUGCGGACAUGGACAAGGCCACGCAGGAUGGUGUCACCCCGUUGUACAUUGCAGCUCAGCUGGGACAGCUGGAGCUUUCACGCCUUUUGCUGGAGGCCAAUGCGAACAUGGACAAGGCCAUGCAGGAUGGCGCCACCCCGUUGUACACUGCAGCUGCGUACGGGCAGCUGGAGGUUGCACUACUUUUGCUGGAGGCCAAGGCGGACAUGGACAAGGCCAUGCAGGAUGGCGCCACCCCCUUGUACGCUGCAGCUGGCGCCGCCCCGGAUUUUGACUCAAUGCGCCAUGUAGCUCAGGAGGGGCGGCUGGAGGUUGCACGCCUUUUGCUGGAGGCCAAUGCGGACAUGGACAAGGCCAGGCGGGAUGGCGCCACCCCCUUGUACAUUGCAGCUCAGAAGGGGCGGCUGGAGGUUUCACGCCUUUUGCUGGAGGCCAAGGCGGACAUGGACAAGGCCAAGGCGGACAUGGACAAGGCCACGCAGGAUGGUGUCACCCCGUUGUACAUUGCAGCUCAGAAGUGGCAGCUGGAGGUU